AUGGUUAGAAUCAGCUCGCUCAGUUCCAGCAAGUUCUGGACCCUUUACGUUUUGGGAGCACAGUUGCUCCAGAUGGCCGCUGUAGACGCCGCAUCCGUUCAGCAUCGGGCCAAAACCGACGCUCUGCAAGCCCGUCUUUCCGACACUCAGCAGGUGCUUGCGCCGGCUCCAUACUAUGAGAAAAGAGACUACGAAGAUGAAGAUUUGGAAGCCGAGAAUUACGACGAAGACGACGAGGAGUACGCUGCCGAGGAGUACCAAGAAGAGGAGGCGGAGGACGACGAUCUUGAGGCCUCUAGUGCCAGCUUUUCCGUGGACGUUCCUGUCAAAGGGCCCGUUGCCGAGGAGGACCAGAGCUACGAUAAGGACGGCAGACAGCUGGUGUACGAGGUGGACGUUGACCAGGUGAAGAACAUGAUCGAUCUUUAUUUGGCGAUGGGCAAAGAGAAGUUCGCUGGGUUCCUUGCUACAUGCUCGAACGGACACUUCAUGGAGGCCAUGAAGAUGCUGAGCGCCGACAUGGCUUCCAAUAAGGAGGGCGGCAAUUUGGGCCGUCUGAACAAGUUUUUGGACGCCACUGAAGAAUACCUCAAGCACAACACUGCUGCAGAGAUGUUUAGAAACGCCUUCAAGGGCAGCAAGGACGUUGAAACCUUCAAACAGCUGGAGAAACUCGACCAGUACUGCGUUGAUAACGAGGAGGAGUGCAACGAGGAGCUCACGUUCCAGCAGCAGUCCGUGGAGAACUCGACGCUCAGCAUAGAGUACAAGAGACAGGCGCGCAGAAGGUCCAAGCUGAUCCAGCAGGUUCUCCAGGACAUCGAGGACGGAAAGGACGUUCCUAUCAGUGCUGCCGAGUUCGAGUACAGAGAGGGCAAUAUUUUCCUGGACGAGAACUCCAACGAGUACUACGAGCUGACCGGAGACGACUGCGAGAGCGGCGCGAGCCACCUGCGGUCCAGCUUUUCCACCCUGAUUGCCAUUUUCAUGGUGACACUUCUUAUUUAG